AUGCAACAGAAAAGACAGUCUUUUAUUAAAAAUAAAAACGAAUCUUAUCCUCAGAAAAGUGUGAAUUUUGGAAAUAAAUUGAAAAAUCGAGCUAAAAAUGUAAAUAGUAAAAUAAAAGUUGUUGUAAGAAAAAGACCAAUAAGUGAAUUAGAAAAAAGAAAAAAAGAUAAUGAUAUAAUUACUGUUAAAGAUAAUUGUACUAUAUAUAUAGAUGAACCUCGAUAUAAGGUUGAUAUGACCAAAUAUAUUGAAAGACAUGAAUUCAUAGUUGAUAAAGUAUUUAAUGAUAAUGUUGAUAAUUAUACGGUUUAUAUAAAUACUAUAAAACCAUUAUUAGUUGACAUUUUUGAAAAUAAUUGUGUAUGUUCAUGUUUUGCAUAUGGUCAAACAGGUAGUGGAAAAACUUACACAAUGCUGGGAUCUCAACCAUAUGGUCAAAGUGACACACCAGGGAUAUUUCAAUAUGCAGCAGAAGAUAUUUUUAAUUUUUUAAAAAUAUAUGACACUGAUAAUAGUAAAGGUAUAUUUAUAUCAUUUUAUGAAAUAUACUGCGGUAAGUUAUAUGAUUUAUUACAAAAAAGAAAAAUGGUUGCCGCUUUGGAAAAUGGAAAAAAAGAAGUUGUUGUAAAAGAUUUGAAAGUUUUAAGAGUAUUAACAAAAGAUGAAUUAAUUUUAAAAAUGAUCGAUGGGGUAUUAUUAAGAAAAAUUGGAGUAAAUUCUCAGAAUGAUGAAUCAUCAAGAUCUCAUGCAAUAUUAAAUAUUGAUUUAAAAGAUAUAAAUAAAAAUAUUUCAUUAGGAAAAAUUGCUUUUAUAGAUCUAGCAGGAAGUGAAAGAGGUGCAGAUACAGUUUCACAAAAUAAGCAAACACAAACGGAUGGGGCAAAUAUUAACAGAUCCUUAUUAGCAUUAAAAGAAUGCAUAAGAGCAAUGGACUCAGAUAAAAAUCAUAUCCCAUUCAGAGAUUCCGAAUUAACAAAAGUUUUAAGAGAUAUUUUUGUAGGAAAAUCUAAAAGCAUUAUGAUUGCUAAUAUAUCACCAACCAUUAGUUGUUGUGAACAAACUUUAAAUACUUUACGAUAUUCAUCAAGGGUAAAAAACUUCAAAAAUAAAACUACCAAUAAUGAAGAUGAAGAUGGUAAUAAUGAAAAAAUAAGCAUAUUAGAUUCUAAGAGUACUGAAUUUAAUAAUGUAAAUUUAGAAAAUGUUACAGUUAAGUCAAAUAAUUCUAUACAAAAUAAUAAAAUUAGUAUUAAAUUAAAUGAUACAAAGGCAAAAAAUAGUACUUUAAAAGUUAAAAAUAUUGACAAAAAUAAAGAUUUUUCUAUUCAUGGAAAGUUUAGUUCUAUUAAUGAUUUGGAUAAAAUAAAAAAAAAGAAAAAAAAAAGCCUUUUAAAUUAUGACAGUAAUUUAUAUUAUGAUAAUACAGCAAAAAAACAUAAUAUUGCACAACAGAAUUAUACUUUUACUGAUACAUCUGAUUUUUCUUCAAUAGAUGAAAUGAAUUGUAACCUUAAUAAUAAUGACAAAAAUAUAUUUUUAAAUUGUAAAAAUGAAAGAUCCGAUAAAAUAAAAACGAGAAGUAGUUGUGACACUACUAAUAGCAAAAUGAAAAAUGAAAUAAAUGUUAGACAUAGUGCAGGAAAUAAGUUACAUAAUUUUAAAUAUGAACAACUUAAAGAAAAGGCAUUUUCAAAAAACAAUAAUCCUGAUAAUUCAAAGAAUAAAUUAAAUAAUAUGAAUAACUUUCAUAAUACAAUUACUGAAAAAGCUACAGCUAUUAGCAAUAAUAACAACACACAUUCAUCCAUGCAUAUAAGAAAUAUAAAUGAAAAAGAAAAUAAUAAAAAUAGUGAUAAUAUAUUUUUUGAUGCCAUUUCUCAUAACGCAGAUAAUGGUAAUCAAUUAAAUACUUAUAAUAAUCAAAAUUUUUUCAACACAAAUAAUAAUUCUUUGAAUAAUCAGUAUUUAAAUAACAAUGAUACUUACAUAAAUAAUGUUAUGAAUUAUGAUUAUAAUUUACUAAAUAAAAAUUUAUAUGAUGAUAUAAAGAAUAUAUCAGAAAAAACAACUAAUAUUUUUAAUAAUAAUGAUGAAGAAAAUCAUAUUAAUUUUGAAAAAAACAAUAAUGAAUUAAAUAAUAAUUUAUCGAACACUAAUUCAAUAAAUUCUAAAUCUUAUGCAUAUAACAAUGCCUUAUAUAAUAUGAAUUACAAUCUUAAUAAUAAUAAUAAUAAUAAUAAUAAUAAUAAUAAUAAUAAUAAUAAUAAUAAUAAUAAUAAUAUAAUAAAUAAUAAUACAUGUAUAGAUAAUAAUAAUAUCUUAAAUCAUUAUUUAAAUUUUGAUCAGAAUUAUGGUUAUAACACUGUAUUUAAUCCAAGCACAAAUGAUUGCAUUGAAAAAGAAAAAGGAAAAUUUAUGAAUAACGUAAACAUGGAUAAAAAUAAUGAUGAAAACAUAAAUAAAAUUAAUAAUUUUUCUAACAAUGAAUAUUUAAAUCAAUUUCAGAAUAAUAUUAAUAAUAUGUUAAAUAAUUGUUUAAAUUCUUUAAAUAUUACAAACGUAUAUGAAGAUACACAAAAUAUAUUAAACAAUAUUUUGCUAUCAAAAUACAAAGCAGACAAAGAUUCUGUUAUAAAAAAAUAUAUUAAUGAAGACAUUAACACUAUGAGUUUAGAAGAGUUAGAUAAAUAUGUUCAGUUAAUAUAUGAAAAAAGAAAGGUUAUAUUAAACAAACUUCUAUUUUUAUUUAAAAAAAAUGUAGAUAUUCAAACAAGCAACGAAACAAGUGAUUUAAAAAAAGAUUUGGUUAUGUGUCAUAUAUGUAGUAAUAAUCCAGAUGAUCAAUUUCACUUUUAUGCAUAUAGUAGAUUAGAAAAAGAUAUGAUCAAUUUAAUUAUGUUAAGACAAUUUUGGUGUGAAAGUGAAAAUUUAAGAUUAUUGCAUCAAUAUCUAACAUUAGAAUAUCAAAAUAAGUCAGCCAAUUCUAUUUUAUUUAAUAUUCCUAAUAAUAAUGAAAAUAAUCCUUCAUUAAAUAAAAAAUAUGUAGAAGAUGUAAAAAAUAGUAUGGAUAUUAAUUCUAAUAAAAAUGAAAAUGAUAAUAAUACCAUUGAUAAAAUAAAUCAACAAAUUAAUAAAUCAUAA